AUGGAGAAAAUAUUCUCCAGGCUGGCACUCUUGACCACUCCGUCAACAACGGUGCCGCUCCCAGCCAGCUUCUCCGUGACAGAAGUGCUGGACCACGUCUUGCCCAAUGGCACUGAAAUCACAGAGGAGUGGGCAGAAAUUGGGACCGGAUGCGCGGAAGCUUGGGGGCUGUUGGAUGACAUGGUCACGGACCUUGAGACGGAGCGAAUCUUUUACAACCCCCCGCAGUUCAGGGCCACGCUUCCUUCAGGGCGCGACGCCGCCCAACACAAAGGGAUGGUCACCGUAAACCCCGAGCUACCCAGCCAGGAGGAGAAGUUUGCCCAUCACCAGCUCAGAAGCCUCCUGGAUGAAGGCAAGGCUUCUGAGGAUGACCCCUGGGAGAAGAUGUUGUUGAGCGGCCUGUGCCAGUUGCACGCCGAGGUCAACAUCGAUCUCGCUCUGCCCUCGAGUGCGGAAGCAGAAGCGUGUCUCUUGUCUGGUGUGGAACAGCUAUCGGAAGCCUUUGACAAAAGCAAUUUGCGCAGCUUCUACAAAAGUUUUGGCUGGUCCGAUGCCAAGGAAUAUUUCAGCAGCAUGGGGGAGACCCAAGUGAUGCUGGUGGAUAUCGAUCACAAUGAUUCGGACGAUCGCUUGGCAAUCAUCCUGUUGGCCUUUCAGGCGGCAAGUGCCAACUUGGAACGCCUGGAAAAAGGAGAGACCGAAGCCAAGGCCACUAUCCUCUUGGAUGGCAGGACCUAUGAAACGGCUGGCGGCCUCACCCUGUGGCGAAGCUUGCAGCUGGCCAGCCGUUUGACAGCUGCUUUGGCGCCUGGUGUUGAAGUGCUGCCAGUGAUAAGUGAUAGCCUUAGUGCUUUGAAGCUGAUGUGCAGCUACUUGAAGGUAGAUGCCAGCUUCGAAGCACUGAAUCGCACUACUACCGGCACUGGAGAUUUUUUUCGAAGUCUCAAAGUUGAGGAUCUUCGUGCUGUGAAAGGGGCGGCCAGCGUUUGGAUGCUCAGUGGCCUUUGCACAAAGCACGUGGAGGACUUCGCUUUUUGCCAGAAGAACUUCGGGACAAGGUUCACAUUCAUUGAGCAAGCCCAGCCAGCGUGGCAGAGCGUCGACUUUCCUGCUUCAGCAGAAGUGCAGCCCAGCUGGGCCUUUCCCCCCGCCUUUGGGGAAGAGAAGGGCUUUGGCGUCGAACCCUCCAACAUCCGGUCCAGCGAGGCUACCUACACAGAGACUUUGACCAACUAUUUGCGUUUUCAACAGCUGGUGGCUCCCGGUGCCAAAUACGUUUGCCCAGCCCUGGCACGCAGCAAUGGCUUCUUGCCAGCUCCAGCGCGUGAACCAAUGCUGACCAUCUCUGGGCGGCCCUUCAACGUGAUACCAGGGAAGGAGUAUGUGAUCAAGAAAGCAUUGGAUGUAAAGCGGGCUCAACUUGCAUUUGGCAAUCUCCUGCAAAAUGCAAAGGCUUGCUAUGAAGACAGCCUCUAUCCAGAGCUGUGCAUCGAUAGCUGCGAUGACUUUGGCGCAGACCGCCCAGAGUUGGCAGCUGUCGUCAAGUAUGGUACGUUCAUGGCGGAUGCCAUCGUGGUGUGCCUGGCUGCUCGGCCACGGCUGCAGACGCUGCCGAAACGUCGGAGGUUGGCACUGGCGCUGGUGCCGCGGCCUGGUUCCUUGGAGAAGAAUCAUUGUGGUGUAAUGCUUUGGCUUUGUACCACGGCGGGUGCGCACUGCGUUGCCAGGAAACCGCGAAUAGCGGUUGUGGCCAAUGUGAAAAACAAAGGUUAUGCAGAGCGGGUGGACCAGCUGCAAGAAAGUUUGGAGGAGAAGGCCAACGGCUCGCAGUUGAAGGAGAUCGUCCGGGAGGCAUGGACCAAAGAAGAAGGCCACCUGGGACGAUUGCAAAAACUUUGUGACUCCAAGGUCUCUAUCACUGAUUUUGCUUCAUUGGCAGCGGUGGCUGAGGGAAAGGCAUCGCUGGCAGAUGUGGAUGCCACUGUGCAGAGGCAAGUACAAAGACGCUUGCAGUGCCUCAUCACUGAUCAACGCUUGGUGAGUCAUGCUGAGGUGGGAAACAUCACAGAGGCAGCCCUGAAAGAUGUGAAAGAGCAGUUGAAGGAGCUCCAACCUUGA